AUGGAGGAGGAGAGGAAUUGGGAUUCCAGGGACGUCAUCAGCGCAAAUCAUCCGAACACUGAGAAUGACAGUAGCUGUGCUAGAGGGACGUCUUCAAAAUUCAGGGGAGUGAUUUGGCUCAGAAGUGGCAAAUGGGGUGCACGGAUCGCCUUCAAGUACAAGGCUUACUGGCUUGGAACUUAUGACAUGGAACAAGAGGCAGCAAUGGCUUAUGAUAGAGCAGCAAUCAAACUUCAGAGAAGUGAUGCCCCCCUCAACUUCCCUAUGUCCAUUUACACAGUUCAAGAGACCAAAUUCCAGAGUCAGUACUCAAAUGAAGAGAUCCUAGAUAUGAUCAAGGACAAGACUUACUUGUCCAAAUUUUCAAAUUAUCUUGCAGAUCAGUCAUUGUUGAGGGAAUAUGCAACAAUGAAUCUGGCACAUCAGCAAGAUAUCUCAUAUCAAAUGCUUUUUCGAAAGGAAUUGACACAAACUGAUGUCACUCACAUCAAAGGAUUUCACAUCCCUAAAGAACAUGCAAUGGAGUAUUUUCCUCCACUCGCUGGAGUGAACUCAUCUGGAGGAGAUGAAAAUGGGAACAAGUCCAUGGAACUAACAUUCUUUGAUAGACACCGUCGUCCAUGGACUUUUCGGUAUUCUUACUGGAAGAGUACUCAAACAUUUGUGUUCACAAAAGGGUGGAGACAUUUUCUCAAGAUGAACAACCUGAAGCCAAAAGACUGCGUCUUUUUCUACAGAUGUGAGCAACAAAGAGAGACUCAGGGAAGAGUAUUUUACAUGAUAGAUGCUCAGCGUUGUAGUGUGGAAAGUGAUGCUGUUACUUGGAACAUAGAGAAGGAAAAAGAAGCAAAGAAAAGAGCAAACCAUGAAGUAGAUGGUGAAGAAAAGGAGCCAGAUAAUGAAUCAGUUAAGCUUUUUGGUGUCCAGAUUAGCAAAAGAAGACCAAGCUUUAAGCUCUUUUUCUAA